AUGUUCCCUUCAAAACUAACCGACCUAGACCUCUCCCAAAACAGUCUUUCCGGAGUCGUGCCGUCGUGGGUGGCAAACCUCUCGUCCCUUACCUCGCUCGACCUCUCGCACAACCAGUUGCAAGGAUCCAUUGCAGAUUUGGGUAAACUUGCCGGCCUAGAAAGCCUCGGUCUCUCGUAUAACAGUCUGUCAGGAAUAGUGCCACCUUCCAUUUACAAUAUGUCUUCAUUGAAUUAUCUUACGCUAGCCAGCAACAAUCUUGGAGGAACGCUGCCUUCUGACAUGGGUAUCACAGUUCCUAACCUCCAAACGCUGAGCAUGGCGAAUAAUCAUUUUGUGGGUGACAUCCCUGCCUCCCUACAAAAUGCAUCCGGCAUGAUGUAUAUCCAUAUGGCCAACAACUCUCUGACUGGGGUGGCUCCUUCUUUCAGCUCCAUGAAAAAUUUGGAGUACGUAAUGUUGUACUCAAAUCAUCUAGAGGCUGGAGACUGGACAUUCUUCUCCUCUUUGGUGAAUUGUACCCAGCUGCUGAAACUGAACGUCGGUGAAAACAACUUGAGUGGGGAUUUGCCAGCAAAUUCCAUAGCAAAUCUCCCCAAAAGCUUGACCGCUCUAACUCUUAGGUCAAACAACAUCUCUGGCACCAUCCCCUUGGAGAUUGGAAACCUUUCUAGUCUUUCCAUGCUCUAUCUUGAUACUAAUCUUUUCAUGGGGCCUAUACCUUUCACCCUUGGUCAGCUACGCAAUCUAGUUCAACUUAGCCUGUCAAAAAACAAAUUUUCAGGAGAGAUACCCCUUUCCAUUGGGGAUCUACAUCAACUGGAAGAGCUUUAUUUGCAUGAAAAUCGGCUGAGUGGAAGCAUACCUGAAAGUCUAGCUAGCUGUCAGAACUUGGUUGCAUUAAACCUUUCAUGUAAUACUCUUGGUGGAAGCAUAAGUGGACACGUGUUGGGCAGCUUGAACCAACUGAGCUGGCUACUUGAUUUAUCACACAAUCAACUCGCAAUGUCCUUACCACUAGAGAUGGGUAGCUUGAUAAACCUUGGAUCCUUGAACAUCUCUCACAACAAUAUUACAGGCAUAAUCCCGUCCACACUUGGCAACUGUGUCCAGUUGGAAUCGCUUCGUUUAGAAGGGAACCUCCUGCAAGGAAGCAUUCCACAAUCACUAGCAGGCCUCAAAGCCAUCCAAGUGUUAGAUUUCUCCCACAACAAUCUAUCUGGUACAAUACCGGAGUUCCUCGGGACCUUCACCAUGUUGCAGUAUCUGAAUAUGUCCUUCAACGACUUGGAAGGACCAAUUCCCACUAGUGGAGUGUUUUCUAACACAAGUGGUGUUUUUGUCCAAGGAAAUCCACACCUUUGUGCAAAUUUUGCGGAACAAGAGCUGUCUAGAUGCUUUGCUUCGGUACCCACAAAAGAACACAAGUUUGUCAUCCCAGUGUUGAUAGCUCUAUCAGCUCGUGCUGCACUAGCUUUGAUCUUGGGGAUGUUCAUUUUCUGGUUGAAGAGGGGGUACAAAUCCAAUGAGAACAUUGUCCAUUCAUACAUGGAGCUGAAAAGGAUAACAUAUAGUGAUGUUAACAAUGCAACGGAUAAUUUUUCCCUAGUCAAUGUAGUCGGCUCCGGGCAAUUUGGGACUGUCUACAAAGGCUGGUUCGACGCACAAGAUGGUACGGUUGCUAUUAAAAUCUUCAAGCUCAAUCAGCAUAGCGCAUUGCAUAGCUUCAUUGCUGAGUGCAAAGCAUUGCAACACAUCCGCCACCGGAAUCUCGUGAAGGUGAUAACCGCAUGCUCAACUUAUGACCCAGUGGGAAAUGAGUUCAGGGCUCUAGUCUUCGAGUACAUGGCUAACGGAAGCCUUGAAAACCGACUCCAUAACCACCAGUGUGGUGGUUUGAGUUUAGGCGCAGUGAUAUGCAUAUCAGUUGAUAUUUCUUGUGCUCUUGACUACCUACAUAAUCUGUGCAUCCCACCGGUUGUUCACUGUGAUCUGAAACCAAGCAACAUACUUUUCGACAAUGACAAUACUGCACGUGUCUGCGACUUUGGUCUGGCAAAGCUAAUUCAUGGUUGUUCAUCUGGAGGGCAGAGCGGCACAACAAGCAUAGUUGGACUAAGGGGGUCUAUUGGGUACAUACCUCCUGAGUAUGGUAUGGGAGGUGAAAUCUCCACUGAGGGAGACAUUUAUAGCUAUGGCAUUGUUCUUUUGAAAAUGUUAACACGAAAACGGCCUACUAAUGAAGAAUUCAAUGAUGGCUCGACGCUCCGCAAGUAUGUGGAAGCAUCACUUUCACGAACCCAAGACAUUCUUCAACCCGGCCUUGCUUCGGUGACGGGAGAUCAGUUUGUUGAUCAAAUCCCAAACUUUCAAGAAUGCAACACAUUUGCACUGAAGGAUAUGUGUGCUCUCCGUCUCCUUAAACUUGGCUUAUUAUGCUCUGCGGAAUCACCGAAGGAUCGCCCUGCAAUGCGCGAUGUCUACAGCGAAGUAACUGAAGUAAAAGAGGCGUUUUUCUCCAUGGAUAACCGAAGCAACGACCUUACAUUAUUAAGGCAAAAAGGCGGUCGAUGA